AUGGAUCUCACAAUGCUACGCUCCAAACAACCAAUCAACCAAACACAAUUCGAAAAGUACGACAUUAACACCAAUUACUACGAUUCCUCCCCAAACACUGGCGUCGUGAGAGAGUACCAUUUUGACAUCAUAAAUACAACCGCUGCCCCAGAUGGCAUCGAACGACCCGUGCUUCUGGUUAAUGGCCAAUUCCCCGGUCCAACAAUCGAAGCCAACUGGGGCGACAUCGUCAAAGUCCAUGUUACGAACCGCAUGCAAAAUAACGGCACAGGAAUACACUUUCAUGGUAUACGGCAGUUUUUCACUAAUCAGAUGGAUGGCGUCCCGUCGCUGACGCAGUGUCCCGUCGCCCCCGGUGAAAGCUACACCUAUGUCUGGAAAGCGACACAGUACGGCACCAGUUGGUACCACUCGCACUUCGCAUUGCAAGCAUGGGAAGGAGUGUUUGGAGCAAUGGUUAUUCAUGGUCCUACCACAGCGGAGUAUGAUGAAGACUUAGGCCCCUUAAUCCUCAGCGACUGGUCUCAUCAAACCGUCGACGAAAUGUAUCAAACUCAGCUAGAGGUGUUCCUGCCUGCCCAAAUGCAGGGGGGUCUGUUGAACGGGAAAAAUGUGUGGGUAGAGAAUGGCACGACGGUUGGGGAGCGGUACAAGACGACUCUCGCUCCGGGGAAGAGAUAUCGAAUCCGCUUGAUAAACGCCGCAGUGCACACGCACUUCCGGUUCUCCAUCGACCAGCAUAAUGUUACAGUCAUCACUAGUGACUUUGUGCCCAUUGUACCGUUCGAAACCAACGCCGUGCCUAUUGAUAUGGGCCAGCGCUACGAUAUCAUAGUCACAGCAGACCAACUCGCUGAUAAUUACUGGAUGCGCGCGGUGCCACAGUCAAUCUGCAGCAACAACACAGCCGGUGAUAAUAUCAGGGGCAUCCUGCAAUAUCAGGGAGCGAAAAAUAGCACUGACCCAACGUCAAUCCCGUUUGACAACCUCGACUCCAGAUGUGAGGAUUUCCCUGCUUCGCAGCUGGUUCCCUGGGUUGGUCUCAAUGCACAAAUCAGUAGCACUGCCAAAACCGUUCACUCAGAGGUUAGCUACAAUAAAGUCGGUGAUGUCCCACUGUACCUCUGGACACUGGGAGGGGAUUAUUUCAAUAACUCCUGGUCCAGCCCAACGCUGCAGCAACUUGUACCGGGCAAGAGCAAUACCGAUUUGAUGACCGAUAAAACAGCAGUGCAAGUCAGUACACCAGAUCAAUUCGUAAUCUUGGUCGUCCAGACAUUUUUCAGGGCGCCGCACCCGAUUCAUCUUCAUGGCCAUGACUUCCUAAUCCUAGCCCAAGGCCUCGGGACAUACUCACCCACGAAUGUAUCCCUGAAUACAAACAACCCACCCCGCCGAGAUACCGCCACGUUACCUUCAGAGGAAGGUAGAGGCGGGUAUCUGGUAAUGGGCUUUGUGGCAAAUAACCCAGGCGUCUGGCUGCUGCAUUGUCACAUCGGGUUUCACCAGUCACAAGGGUUCGCGCAGCAGGUUAUCGAACGACCAAAUGAGAUUGAACGGACCUUGGAUCGAGGUGUUCUGGACAAGACUUGCAAGGCUUGGGAUGAGUAUGGGAAGGCUAAUCCUUUUGGAGUACGGUAUACAGGGAGGAAUGGGCCGUAUGAGUCGGGGAUAUGA